AUGGAUCUGCAUAGGGCUUUUUUGUUCCAGUUUAAUGAAGUAGAAAGGGAUUAUUUUAGAUGGAAGAUGGUAUUCAGAAAAAAGGAAAGGCACCAAGUAGAAUGUAAAGAAGGGUUAAAUAUAAAAUAUACAAAAGAGUGGCUAACAAAAAAUCAGUUGGUGUUAACAAAGGCUGACAAAACCAAGCAAAUGGUGAUUAUGAAAAGAGGAAGGUAUAACGAAGCUAUUAAGGAUUAUAUUAGGAAAACUGAAUGUGACAUAGUAGACGAAAAGAUUGUAACAGUAACGAACAACAGGGUUAAAAAGCUUGAAAAAACACCGCUCGCAAAACACAUGACCUUAUUAAAGAAGUCGCAUAACCCUUGCUCCCGAAUACCCAGAAUAUUUGCGUUUGCAAAAACCCACAAGGAGAGCAAGGAAAUUAGACCGGUAGUUGAAAAAUGUAGUGCACCAACUUUUAUACUUAAGAGGAGAUUAAAAAUGUAUAUUUACGAAGACUUGGAGGAUAAUAUGUUUGUGGCCCAUGAUCCAAAUAAGUUGGUAAAAGAGUUACAGGAGUUGGUUUUAAUGAAUGAUGAGGUAGGAAAGGUAAUGGAUUUUGAAAGCAUGUACCCUUCCAUGAAUCUAACAUCAUGUUUCAAUGCUCUUAUUGAGUUUAUAGUACAAGAUAAUCCAGGGUUAUCAGCGUAUAUGGAGGACUUAAAUAAGCUAGCGGAUUUAAUGUGUUACCAAUCCUUAUUUACGUUCUAUGGGAUAGUGUACAAACAAAGGAAAGGAGUCCCAAUGGGUAGUCCCAUGUCGGGGCUCUUGUGCGAAUUGGUAGUACGUCAACUCGAAAAGGAGGUCCUAGGAGAAUUCAUGGAGGACAUUAUAUUAUACAAAAGAUAUGUAGAUGACGUGUUGAUAAUUUGGAAGGAUGAACGAAGAAUUGAAGAAUUUUUAAGUAUGAUAAAUAACAAUAAUCAUGGGUUAAAACUAAAACUGGAACAAAAAAGCCCUAUGCAGAUCCAUUUUUUGGACAUUGACAUAAAGUUUAAGCAAGGAUGUGUACAAGCAGCGGUGUAUUUAAAACCCACACAUGCUCCUCUAUAUAUUCCGGCAUGGUCUAAUGAUCCGUUCAGAUACAAGAUGUCAUCGUUUAAGGCACUUAUAAAAAGAGCAUUCUUAUAUUGCACCAACAUACAGGAUCGACUUAACGAGAUUAACAGAAUCAAAAAGGUUGCGAAAAAUUUAGGAUACAAAACGUCUACAAUUAACGGAUUGAUCAAGGGUUACAAACAAGGGACAAGCAAACGGGAUGGUAGGAAAAAUAGAUUUAAUAAAUUUACAUAUAACAAGAAUGUAGAGGGAAUAAUGGAGGAAUUAUGUACGUAUAAAGACACGAGAACUGUGUAUAAACGGGCGCCAAACAUCUACAGAUUGUUAAGGAAUGAUAAGGACAAGGUAGGAAUGAAAGAAAAGGCUGGAGUUUAUAGAAUUCCUUUUGAAAAUCAGCAAUUAGGAGUAGCGAAAGAUUAUGUGGGUGUCACCACAAGAAACUUGGGGGUGCGUAUAAAAGAACACAUGUAUGACGUCAGUAAAGGGCACAACAACACCAUCUUGGCAAUUAUGGCGCAAACGGAUGGAGCAAGUGUAAAGUGGGAUGAGGCAAAGAUAAUUAAACCGGUCCAUUCCCCAACUAUUGCCUUUGGUAUGGAAAAAAUGGAGAUAUAUAAGAGCAAAAUAAAUAACAACUGCUUAAACGCCAAGGACGCCAAUGCUCUUCCAACAGCAUGGAAAUACGUGAUAGAAAAACAAGUGGGAAUUAAAAACCCUUAA